CAGAAGAUGGCCAGCCCGUGUCACGGUCAACAAUGCUCGACGGAAAGGCGUGGCUUUCGGCAGGACACUUGGAGGCGCGAAGUUAUCCGCCGUGUAGGGUUUGAAAGCAUUUUGGAAGGGCUGUUUGGACCUAGACUUCUAAAAGAUAUCAGCCUAUUUGAAGACAUAAGUCGCAAGCAUUGUGGAUCUCAGUGGCCAUAUUGGAAAGGGAUCUUUCUUUCAUUUGUUGUUACUGAUCGCGACUCUGCAUCAUCAAAUUAAUAAAAGAUUGUGAGCCUACAGGUGUUUCUGACUGGUCAUUUGAUGAAAAUUUGUCUCUUUUGUUGCUUGAGAAGAGAAAAACUGAAGGAACAUUCACUUGUUCUUGAACAACCAAAAUUAGAAGUUGGGGAAGAGAAAUUGUCCAGACAGGAACAGACCAAAAUCAACCCCUUAGGGAGACGAGCAGAAGAAUUUCUCAAUGCUGUACUUCAGAAAAGAGAUAAUCUGUGGGUUGUCGACCCCACUAUUCCUUUAGUGGCUCGUGAGAUUAUGCAUCGAAUGAUCAGGGAGUUUGCUGCUGAAUAUACCUCAAAAACUAGCACUUCUCAGGACUCUAUUGUACUCUCCAGCACCAAGGACCAAAGUACAUCUAAAACACCUGUGCUCGGUGCCAGUGCUCUAAAUCCUGUUUUAAGCAAGUUGCUUAUGGCUGAUCAAGAUAGACCAUUGGACCUAACCGUAAAAAAGUACAGCUCUGAAUCAGACAAUCAAGAUGGAGUGCUUGAUCUGUCUACUAAGAAGAGUCCUUGUGCUGGCAAUGUUUCUGCAAGCAAGUUUCUGGAUUGCUCCUCUUCUGCUGUUUUAGCCAAAGGGCGUCCUGGGAGAAGCGGCCAGCAGCAAUUGGACUGCGAAUCGCAAAGUAUUGAAGGGGCACUUCCAAAGUCGCUAAGAAGCUUUCAGACCGUGACACAGGACGGUUAUGGAUCUUCUGUUAUUCUCAAAAUACCAGUGACUCGAUCAGCCCAAAAGGGUGAGGAACCUAUAAACAGGAAUGAGGCAUCAUCCACAUCCAAUUUAGGACCAACAGCUCAGCACCGUGGACAGCACUUAGUUCUAGCCAGAGAGGCCCCUUGGGCCAAACCACAUUAUGAAUUCAAUCUGGAGCAUGCCAGUUUCAGGGGAAAUGAUGCGCGUACCGAUGCCAAGGAACUUUCUUCACGCCAAGUUGCAUUUCAGAGAGGAUCAGUUCAGACAAAACAUGAUGCAAAGAAAGACCAAGGCUGCUCAGCUUCUGUGGAUUUGAAGAUACCACAGGUUCGAGGAAUGGAUCUCACUUGUGGAACCAAUGUCACAAAUCAUUAUACGUGUAGCCCAUUGCUCAUGAAUUCACAGAUUGAAAGCGCGCUUCACAGGAAACUCAGAGUGAUCCUUCCGAAGCAGAAUUUGUGGCACAGGAAAGGGGUGGUGAGUUUGAGUGAUGGAGGACAUGAUUCCUGGGACUCGUUUGUGGAUCAGCCAACCUCCAGCAAGCAGCAGGGCACACCUGAGCAAGAAGGUGACUCGAAACAGCCCAGAAAAAAGCGAGGACGCUAUCGACAAUAUAACAAUGAAAUCCUUGAAGAAGCAAUCACUGUGGUGAUGAAUGGGAAGAUGAGCGUCUCAAAAGCCCAGAGUACUUACGGAAUCCCACAUAGUACCCUGGAAUAUAAAGUGAAAGAGAGGCUGGGUACUUUGAAAAACCCCCCGAAGAAGAAGUUGAAACUCAUCAGUGCUGAGCCCCAAGAGGUGGAUGAUGAGCUGGAACACAGUCCUAGCAAUUCAAAAGCUGAUGACAGCAAUAUACCAAGUCAAGAGGUGCAACUCAGUAAAGAACCCCAGGGGUCCCUGGACCAGUUUAUGGCCAAGCUGUGCAGACAUCACCAGAAACAAUUCAUGAGUGUGCUCAGUCACAUGCACAGUGAAGCGGGUCCUGAGUCGGAGUCAGUGGAGCAUGAGGACAUGGCUGCCUCCAGCCCAGCUCCCCAGCAACAGCAGGCCAAAAAUGCCGGAGACCCAUUGAGGAGCAGAGCCACCUUCCAGUCAUGCCCUUCCUUUAAUCGAGCGACUUCAAUCCAGAGUGACUUGAACUGUGAGAAUGGCACGGAGGGCAAAGAGGCUCCUGGUGAGGGUCCUCAUGUAAUGGGAAGUGAGGUCUGUGGUGCUACUUCUGCUGAAUCACCAGCAGCCUUGGGUGGCUGUAGUGGUGGGACUCUCAUCAAAAACAGCACUGUUGGGGCAAGGUCCUCCUCUAAAGGUAUGUUUACAAAUAACUGCAGCAAAACGGGAAACUUGGAAGCUUUGCAAAAAGAAACUGUGAAUCGGAAGUUGAUCAGCAACUCGCUGUUGGGUCUGUCCUCCAGCGACUGUGCACUCAUUAGUACUGCUAACCGAAUAGAAGGAGUAAGUUCUUGCAACCAGAAGAACAAAAUAGAGAGUACAGUCACCGCCAAAGGUCAGAAGGAGACUCUCCGAGCUCUCCCCAUGCAGUUACUGAACCUGAGAAAGAACUUGAUUAAAAGUCAGAAUGGUCCACAGAGCGGUUCUGGAGCAGGCUCGGACCACAAAGCAAUUAAACGUGUGCUGGUUCAUGGGGGGCCGCAAGAAAGUGCCACUGCCACCAAAAGGACUGUCAAGGGUAAUCAUGUGCUUCCAACAGCUGCAAGCGCCAAAGACUGCUGGGUUUUCUCCAAGUCCCGUCCUGGUGGGCGGGGCGCCAAUGGGCGCCUGAGGUUAAAGGUGCAGUCUCCUCCCACCAAGACGGCCAGAAAGAGCACCAGGGUGACAGUUCCGCGGGCGCGCUCUUCCGUGUCAACUGUGUGCCAAUAUGUGAACGAGCACGACAACCAGUGCGACAUUGUUUACAUCAGCAAGCCGAUCACGGAAUGCCGCUUCGACACCCAGAGGUCCUGGUCUUCCACGAGAAAGACGGCGAGGAAAAGUACCCGCGGGCAUCUCUGCAAUGAAGAAUAUUGGGAGCUAAAGACAGUUCGCACUUCAGCCAGGAACCCAGUAAUGGAAGCAAGGAAGGAGAGCCUUGCGUCUUUUGUUCCCAACCCGCCUGCCCCAGUGACCCCGAAGCCAGUGCUUUCUCUGCCUGUUAGUGUGCCUGUUGUUGGUAUUCCGGUGACAGUUGGCACUGGUAUUCAUGGGGCAAAGGGGCAAGAGAAAACACUGCCGAAGCAAAACUUAGUUCAGGAGCUCGAGGAGAAUCUAAGCUUUAAUUGCUCAGCAAACUGUGCAGAGAAGGUCAUCAAUGUAAGUCAGGCCUGCCAGUUGCAGGAGGCCAAUGCAUCUUCCAUGAAUGGCAAUGACCCAGAAGGGGAACAGAAGAGGCCCUCUGGCCAGGUUAACAGUCCCAGCUCCGAAAACUGUCCAGCAUCAAUCAGGGGUGCGCAGGUUCCAAACGUACACAGGAGCAAAUGUACCACUGUACAGGCUGAUUCCCGAGAACAGGGCAAAAGCUUGCUGGCUGCUCGCCCAAGUGUUGAGCCACUUGGCAAGCUACUGGAGGAAUGCAGGAGCACUGAACAGAGCCUGUCUGGACUGGAACAGUUAGUUAAGGAAAGAGAUGAGAUGAAGGGUAAUUCAUCAGCAAAGGACAGGAGCUCUUUAAACCACUUAGAGCCCAGUCUGAAUAAUGGGAAUCAAGACCCUUCUGUGUCUUAUUUAGAUAAUGUUGGAAUCAGUCCUGUUAACAGUAUUGAGAUUAACCUUCCUCAAAACCAAUGCAGCAAGCAGAACAACAACAGCAGUGAAUUAUUAAAUGGUGACUUGGGGGAGUUGAGCCAUGGUCUCUGCAAGCCAAUGGUGGAAUCCCAACAACCUGAACAUUCAAACAAAUCAGUUGAAAAUGUUGAUAAGGUAAAGGUAGAAAAAUUGUUGACUGAGAAAGACUACUCCAAAGGAUCGGGGAUUACGUUAUGUCUUCCACCUAAAUCAGUCGCUUGUUCUGUCAUGCCCAAAAGCGAUUUGCAUCCACAGCCAGCUUCCAUACACGAAGGCAAAAGCAGGUGCAGUGAUCCAGGACAGUCCACCCUGGAGGUGGUGGAAGGACAAGGAACUGGUGGUAUUGAAUGCCCUGUGCCAGUGAGCAAUCUGUGUUUGAGAGGGAGGAAGCCAGAAGACCUUGAUGCGAAUGUACCUGACCACAAGAGGAAAGAAGACAUUAGGGCCAUGAGAUCUCUCCAGCAUGGUAGGAAUAUCAGCCCCAUCAAAGAGGAGACGUCUAUUCCACCAGCUUCAGAAAAGAGAAAACAACGUAAAAGGUUGAUGCCUGCUCCUUCUGACAGAUGCUUAAGGAGUCAACAAUCACAGCCGCAGACUGUGGUCAAUGUCGGCAAUGUUAAAGAGGAGCCCAUGGUUAGUGCUGAUGGCUUACUAGUCCCUUGUCUCAGUGUGAAAUUCCCGAGGAAUCAAGGUGAGAAGGGAUACAGAAGGGAAGUGUGCAUCAGCAGAGUGACAUCUGUUCAAUUUCCAGUGGACUGCUUCAACAAAACCCUUUUACAAAGCAUUAUUGACCCCGAGAGCAAGGUCGACGAAUCCCUUGCUACCACUUCCAUGAAAGAUGUUAGCAAAAUGAGAAAGCCAGCAGUUAAGCAGGUUGCCUCUCAAGCUCCAGGAGAGGAGCCUGAGAGCUCGGAAGAUGAAGAAUUGAUUACUGACAGUUUUGUACGUGAGAAAACACUCCUCAAACAAGGUAGAAUUCUCGAGGUCUGUGUGGAUGUAAAAUCGGCUGAAGAGAGGCAAGUUUCCUUUUCCAUUCAAAAUGCUGGAACCACUCAAGUUUCAGAGUCAUCCAGUGGCUCCGUGGAUGAUGUAUCUACUUCAAGCCAACAGCAGUCAGGUUCACGAAAGAUAGAUGCCCAUAAGGAAAGCGCAAAGCGGGCAAGUGGUGGCCUUGCGAAGAGAGUGACCAAUUUUGGGUCUUCACAUCAAACGACAAAGGGAGUGAUUGCAAAAGUGUCACCAGGGGACAAGAAGAUUGGUGUUGGGUCACGUGACUUGAGAUGCUUAAAUACGUCCGUCACUGAGUCUGAAACAAGAGUGCUGGAAGAGGACACUGAAUGCACAACUAGAAAGUUGCCCACCGAAGUUAUCCAAGAGGAUGAAGAGUCUGAGCCAUCUGGCGUGAACGAUGCCGAUGCUACUGAAGUGAGCCGACCAAAAUUUUUGGAUUGGUGCUCGGAGGAUGAAAACCAGGAGCUAAUCACCACCUUGAACGCCAAAUAUGAGAGUCUUCACAAAGCAUGGAUUCAGCUGGAGAAGGAAGGGCCGGUGAUUCAAAAAGCCAAAUCCAAGACCGAUCGUCUCAAGGAAAUUUGGAAAAGCAGGAAGAGGGCGCGCAAAGUCAGAGGAUUGUAUGACCACAAAAUAUCUCCAGUGCAGAAACUCUUUGUGGCCAACUUCAACUUGGCCAACAUUUGCAAGUGGUUCAUGGAGACGACCGAGACCAAAUCUCUAGUGAUUGUCAAGAACGUCAGCGCCAGGAAUCCGCUGGAAGCCAUGAAAGCCAAGACCUUCCUGCAGAAGAGCUCCAUGGCUGGUCUUUUUCCCAGUCCGCAAGCUGAGCGGCUAAAGAAACACCUGAAAAAGUUCGCCAUGGCCUCGCCUGCUCGAAACAACUCGAAGACCCGGGCGCUGCUAGAUAGUGUGCGGAGGAUGAGCUUGAUGGGAGGAGAGCGAGCUAGGCAGCAGCAGGACUUACUGCCAGACGCUGGAGGUGGCCUGUCCCCCAGGGACCUCUUCCUGGCCAAAGGGCCAGAUGGCCAAGAGGAAGGGGCUGGUCCCCCUUCAAGUAGGAUGGCGCCCCAACUCUCCAAACACUUGGGGCUGAAAAAACCCGUCAGUGCUUGGAUCCUGAGGAAGUACUCUAACAUGAUGGGCAAACUCCACAAAUUUCAGCACGGGAAAGAGCAAGCUGGGCGAAAACACACAGGCAAGCACAAGAGUGUUUGCAUGAAUCCCCUGGUCUCACCCAAGCUGACCUCGCAGACCCAGUUAGACUCUCCCAGGAACCCUCUGCCUGCCGCCCCGAGGAGACCCGAGGAGAGCAAAGGGAAGCGGAAAGGACCCAGGGAUGCUCCCAUCAAGGAACCUCGCUUGGCGCGGGCAAAGACCUCCAAGUCCGAGGCCAUAUCUCCUGCACUUCCGUCCAAGUCCACACCCAAGCAGUUCCCAGCCAGCCGGAAACCCAAAGCUGACGGCAGCUCCAGCAAGCCACCAGCUCCCAAGAAGGCUGGCGGUGGUGGAAAAUCCAGCAGUCUGCCCACAAAGACCUUCCCGAAAAGCACAGAGAAGAGGUCCCCCAGUACCGGACUGAAAAUCGUUCCGAGGUCCAAGAACAGGUCCCGUACUCGAGAUAGGGUCAGAGGCACAAAGGUCAAUGCCAAGAAAAAGAGCAGUGUGGGCAAGGAGCGACAGACAAAACAGGCUCAGAGGAAGGCAGUGUCCCCAGCCAAGGCCAAACAGCGGGACAAGACAGGCACCAAAAUUAGAAACAAAGCAGCCAUCCCAGCCAAGCACAGGCCAAAGUGUGACGUCUCAUCAGAGGCUAAACAAAAGAAACGAAAACUAAGUGAGAAGGGCGACCCAGUUCCCAACAAGCGCAAGCGGACAGAUGCAAAAUGACACGUUUGCCCGCAGGACUCACUGUAAAUUAUUGUGUCCUUAACAACAAAAGAAAAACAGUCGACCUCAGAAAGCAUUAAUUGAUGAAGCUGCUUUUAUAAUCUUGAGGCGAGCCUUUGAAAUCGCAGAGGAAAGAACUCGACUGUGAUCCUAAUUUUAUUUUUCUAAGCACGUAAGCAGAUGUCUUGUAAAGAAAAUACAGGGAGCUCCCCCCUCCUACCCCCCCCCAACUGUGAAUAGAGUUUUUAUACUGUGCUAUAAAUGGUAUUGUUUUCUUUUGCCUGUUUGAUUUGAUUUUUUUAUAUAUAUAUAUAAAAAAAAAUAUUGGCCUGGCUUAGACUGAUGUGAGAGCUGUAAACGCAAAUUGAAAAGAACAGUGCCUUAUUUAAAUAAUGAGAGGAGUGAUCUUUUUGCGUGUGUGUUUCUGAGAUUAAAGGCUUGCAUUGACAAUGGAGACUUGCUCUGUACUUGUUGCAACUCCACCUGGGGUCUAUAGAAAGCUUAGCUGCUAAUAGAACGGCCAUUCGGAGGUCAUUCAGUCCAUCGUGCCUGUGCUUACUCUUUGUAAGAGCUCUCCCUUCUGGACAAUCCCCACGUCCCCGUCGCAAAUGUUCCCCUUCGAGUAUUUAACCAACUCUCUUUUGAAAGUUAUCAACUUUCCUUCACUUCUGGGUAGUGCAUUCCAGAUUGCAUCUUGUUAUGGCCUUUUAAUUAAAAACACAAGCAAUUCUAGCAGCUCUGCUCCUUUCCUCUGCUCACCCCAGUUCUUUUUCUGCCCAUAGAAAAAUUCUGUUCUCUUUCUCUGUCUUUCACAAUUUUGAUUGCCCCCCACCCCACCUUCAUUUAAGUCUCCCUGCUGUUAGGAGAAUAACCUUAGUCUCUCAUAUAAAGUAAAAUUUAUAGCAAAAGUAGAUAAAGCAUCUUAGGGUUAAAUCACACAAUGAGUCACCAACUGGAGAAGGCCAGAUAGGCUAGAAGUGCCUGGCACCCUUCUUCCAAACUGUUGUUCCUGAGACAUCUGCCUGUUGGUCCCUGUUUCCCCCCAACUAGUUCUAACCUCAUCCUCCCUGUAAAGCUGCUAUUGCUUCACCGCUCCAACUGAACCAUCUUGAGAAACGGGUUACUACUAAACCAGCUUGGCUUGUCGUUCCAAAGGGUCACAAGAAAUUUGUGUGAAGAUUGGCAGGCUGUCCUCUACUGUGGAUUGCUCAACACUACUCCAAUUUCUCAAUGUUUGUAGGGUCAGUGAGAGUUUGUGGAGUCAUACAGCAUGGAAACAGGCCCUUUGGCCCAACUUGUCCAUGGUGCCCACCAGACUAGUCACAUUUGCUCACGUUUGGCCCAUAUCGCCCUGAACCUCUCCUAUCCUUGUACCUGUCCACGUACCUUUCUAAAUGUUGUUAUUGUACCUGCUUCAACCACUUCCUCUGGCAGCUCAUUCCAUAUGGCCAUGUUCUUCCUUUCCCCGGCCUUUCAUUUGAUGUGUUGUUCUUGCAUUUUGCUUCCACACUGCUCCUCAGGGUCCAUCCAGCAUCCCAUUUGUAGGAAGUCACUGUGGUCUUUAUUACCUACACCUCAUCCACUGCUUCAGAGGCUGGAAAGCCUCAAUUUUUGGUAUCUUUCCUCUAGUGUUUGGCAUCAUUCUGCCCCAUCUCUCUACAUCUUUCUCUGGCGAAACCCACUACAAGGUGAGGACGCAGCAUGGCUCUGUCCCUUUUAAGCCUGGUUAAUUGGCCACUAUAAAUUGCUUGUAGCGUGUAGAUGAGUGGUAGAAUCUGAGGGGAGUUGAUGGGAAUGUGGGGAGACUAAAAAUAGGAUUAAUGUAAAUGGGUGUUUUGUAGUCAGGACAGACUAGGUGGGCCAAAGCGUCUGCUUCCGUUCUGUGUAGCUCUGUGAUUAGUUACAUGGCACUGUUUAUUGCUGUGUAUAUUUGACUUUAUGAUUGCUUUGCCUGAACAAAAGCAGACAGAUUGCCAGAGUUCUGACCCUCCCUGUAUACAUUUUUGGGGUACAGAACAAGGGAGUUCAUCCCAUUUGUACAGUGGCUGGCUCAUUAAAAGAACUCCCCAGUUAGUCCUCCCACUUCCCACUAUUUUCAGUCACCCUACAAAUACUUCCCCUUUUCAAAGUGUGCUUAAUUUUAUUUUGACUUUUACUAUUGAAUCUGUUUUGAACCUCCUCAUCACUAUUCAUCCUCGUCUCUCUGUGUAUUGAUGAACCGAUUUUAGAACGACACUUGUUCCUGUAAUGUAGGCAGCCAGGAGAUCAGAUAUAGCGGUGAUCUCCAGGUCACCCUUCCCAUAUUCAGACUUUGGUUGCUGAAGGAAUGGUGCACCAGGUUUUACAGUAGCCUGGUAUCCACUCAUAAACCCGACCCCUUGGGGCAGUACAGAUCACGUGAGCAGAGGUUUUGUUCCUGUAAUUCAAUUAGAAUCAUAGCUAAUUUGAUCAGUCUUGCUGUAAUGUUGCGAUAAAGAGCUUGGUUUAUAGGAUUGCUGUGGAUUUUAAUUGGAGAUUGAUUACCUCAGCACUUCACAGCAUUGGUUUCCUGCCAAGCUUUGCCCAGAAGGAUGGUGAUCCAGGUUACCAUGACUUUUUCCCCUCAUUUUGGGAUCAAUUGCAUCCUUUUCCUGCCUCCCCAGGCCUCAGUGGGAAGGUCAAGGCUCCUGCCUCCAUGUCCCCUCGCCCCCUUCUUAUGUCUCGUUUCUUCCACUGCACAAGCUCUUCUAUUCCAUCCCACCCCUCCUCAAUCCUAUCUGAGGCUUAACCGUUCCUACUGUAAGGGAUAGAUAGCACUAUGUUAGCUCAGGUGGAAGUGCUUUUCCAGAAAUUCCUGACAGCAGCUGACUUGAACUAGCACUUCAGAAAAUGGCAUCCAAACCAGCUUCCAGCACUUGGAAACCUUGUCUAGGCUCUGCCUAGUGCCUUUGCUGAACCAUUCAUGUUGGAAGCCCCAGCAGAACAGUAACUCCCAGGCAUCUUCCACAUGCAAGUUGUAUCCCUUUGUUGGUGUGUGUUGUAAAUCAGAAGGAGCCAGUAAGUCCCUCCAUUGGUCCAGGUGAUCAGUUGAACCCAUCUACUCACCUUGGUUCUUUACCUAAAACUGACAAAAUUCCAUCCACACUGCCCUUUACAUGAAUAAAAUUUUACAGAAUCAGAGAAUGAUUGCAGCACAGAGGAGGCCACGUACCAUCUUUUGUUUCUCCUUCCUCUUUCUUUGCCGGCCCCUGAGCUCCACUGACCUCUCCCGCCUCAUAAGAAAUAGUGGCAGGAGAAGGCCAUCUGGUCCUUUGAUCCUGCUCUGCCAUUCAUUAAGAUUGUGGCUAAUCUUGUACCUCAGCACCACUUUCCAGCAAUUCCUUAACAUUCAAAGGAAAAGAGAUUGAUACAUUUGCCAACUCCUUCUGGAAGUCCCUUCACAUAUGUUUAUUCUGCCAAUGUUGUUGCUUGGACCAACAUUGUGAAGUGAACAGAAAGUGAGUUGUUAUCUCUCUGUUCACUUCAGUCCCACUCCCUCCCCAUCACCAUACAGCACAGAAGGAGAGCGUUUGGUCCAUCAUGUCUAUGCUGGCUCUUUGGAAGAACUAUUCAAUUCAUCUCCCUCUUUCUCAGUAGCCCAGUACAUUUUUCUUUAUGGAAAGGUAAAUGAACAAUCCCGGGGACUGAAGAUGGUUGCGUGAUGCUUGAAGUGGGAAUGUAGCCUAGGAGCCUUGUAGGAUUUCAGCCUUAUUCCUGAAACAGAGUACAGAGAGUUGUACUUUGCAUCUAACCUUGUACCCAAGCUGAUCUUAGGUUUUUUUUUUGCAUUCAGGUUUCUGUGCUGUAGCUGGCUGGUACAAGCUUGUGGCUGACACGUGGGGCAACCUAUCCCAUUCCAAUUCAGCCUGACCUUGAUGAGGAUCACUUCUUAAAGCACAGUUGCAAAAUGAUGACAGGAAGAAGGCUGGCAUGUUGCUGGUUUACCUCCCUGGUAUGGAGCAUGUCCAAUAUGUAAAACAACAAAGAUAUUAAAAAAAAUCUGAGAAUAGAAGAAACUAUGGGAAGGAGAGUUGCAACAACCUUUUGGGCACAGGGUCCAUACUUCUGAGCAUAAGAGGUGGGAAUGGGAGUAGCCUUUAUGCUCCUUGAACCUGCUCACCAUUCAGUUCAAUCUGAUUCUGAAAUCCACUCUUACCAAUUAUGUUAUGUCCAUAAACUACAGAUCUCUGCCUUGAGUGAGCCUCCAUAAUCUUAUGGGUAAAGAGUUCUGAGCUUCACAAGACAGUUGUCCUCUCAAUUUACAAAUGACCAAUCCUUAACACCAUGCCUCCAAUUCUAAAUUCUCCAGCCUGGGAAAGCAGCCUCUCCGUAUCCAUCUGUUAACUCCUCUCAAAAAGAAUCCACGAUGUGAACUUGAAUUUUCUCUCAAAGCAUCAUGGAUGGGACUUGAGGACAGGUAGCAUACAAGGUUAUGAACAAAAUAAUGGGCCUGAACGCUGUUGUUCUUUCAAAGAACCAGCACAGACUUUACAGGUUGAAUGGUGCCUUUUUGCGGUUAGGCAGCUCUUUGGUUUUCUUAUUAUUUACGUACUGUGUUGCUGGUAAUCCCCAACUGUCCUUGAGAUGGUGGUAGUGAGCCACUAUCUUGAACCACUGCAGUCCAUGAAGUGAAGGUGCUCACAGGCUAAGGUAGUGAGUUGCAGGAAUUAAAAUUUUCUUUCCCAGCAUUCAAAUACUUCUGUCGCCUCAUCCCCGGAAAUCUUCACAUUCUACAGUCCUGUGCUAUCCUGCUCUGUUGAAUGUAAGAGGAUUUAAUUACCCCACCAUUAGCAGCCAUGCUUUUUAAUUGGCAGGGACUUUACUUCUGGGAUUUCACCCUCUCCCUCCCCCCACCAAAGAUCUCUUGCUCUUUAGGUGUUUUUUAAUUUUAAAAAAAAAAGCUACCUCUUUGAACAAGCCUAUAGUCAUCUGCCCAAGUAUUGCGAUUUGAAAUCAGCUUUAUAUUUGAUAAAACUGUCAAUCCUUGGGAUGUUUUUGGUAUGUAAAAGCACUGUAGGAGUAGAAAUUGUAUUUGUUGUAGUGAUUGGUGGGACGUUGUAUCAGAGCAGGGAGGGCUGACUGUACCUUGUAGUGGUUGGUGGGACGUUGUAUCAAAGCAGAGGGGGCUGACCUUACCUUGCUAGAAAAGGUGUGGAAGUAGAGUUUGCAACUUGCAUAAAAUCUCAUUGAAUUAUGGUACCAAAGGAAAUCCAAACAAAAUGUGGGAAUACUUAGUGUCAGGGAAGAGGAAAGGAUAGCUUGGUACUCCCAUCAUUGGGACUGGAUCUGCCCAGUGGCUGACUAACCUGCAAGGUAUUAUCUGCAUAGAUUGCAACAUUUGUACACAGAAAUGGUCUAUUUGAGCCAACCAAUCCAUGCCAGGAUUUUUGCUCCACUUGAGAUUUCUGCUUUUUAACUGACAGCAGCAUAACUCUCUCUCCUCCUUUCUCAUUUGCUCAUCUAGCUUUCCUUCAAAUGCAACUACCCAGUUAGCCUCAACCACACCUGCUGAAAAUAAGUUCACAUUUUCAUCGCCCUCCAGGGAAAGAUUUUUUUCAGGAUCCCCUAUUGCAUUUCUUUGUGACUAUCUUACUCUGUAUUUGAAUAUUUUAGUAUAACUGGUAACUGAGAAAGUAUCCCCAAAUAUUUUUUCCCCCUCACUGGUGAAGCUUCAUGUUGGCAUUUUUUUUUUAAUAAUCUCAGCCAUGAAUAUUGGUUUAAGAAUGUAGCUUUCAAAAUGUGGAUGCAGUCAAUAAUCGGCGCACGAGUCACAUUUCUUUGUGGAAGUAGAACAGAAUACCUUGUUCUAUAGAGUAACUGGGUGACUUGGUGAUGGUACAGGGUUGGGAUGAUGCUGGCAAGUUUGGUAGGGAAUCUGGACCAGUAAAAAUAAGAGCAGAAAUAGAUGGCUUUGUGUGAGAAUUGAUCACAGUCAAUACCACUUUGGUUACAAUUUAUCACAAACUUGUGCCAAGAAAUGACAGCUAAAGCAACACCCAAACUGUAAGAAAAUUAAAAAUCAACAGUGUCAAGCCCUACUCUGUUCUGUCCUCUGGUUCUGCUCUUCCUGAAUGAGGGGAGGAGAUGGAACGGCUCUUGAAUUGAGAUGUAUCCAUGUUGUAGGGUUUGAUGGGAAGGACGUUGAAGGUAGUCCUGAUGCAACGCAUUUCCACGGCUGCUUCAGACCUUGGUGAUCACUGACCUGAUGAUUAGGCAAUAAAACUUGCACCAUUGGAACAAUCAGAUGCCAUUGUCCUUGCUGUUCCUUGCUCCUAUGUACGAGCAAUAUUUUAAAACUGUACUGAAUGUUGUAGUAUUAAAUACUCAUGCCCAGCAAUCUUUUGAUCUGGAUUCUGGCUCUAGGUGGCAGUCUGAGACCUUACGGUGAGACCAAAUCCACCUUAGAUUGUGGAGUGACUCAAAGUUAAUGACGCAGUGGACACCGUAGUCUUAUGAGCCUCAGAGAGAUCUGUAUUCUUCCUGUUUAUCCAUGUUUAAUCACACUGCCCCGGUGGCUAUCCCUGCAACUGGCAAUGCUAUAAUCCCUCAAAUUCCCUGCCCAGACAACUGUCUCCCAUACUUCCAUCCUCCCCUACUUUCACUUAAGAGGCUUCUUAAAACUUUAGGUGCGGCUUGAUUAAAUUUUCCCUCUAAAGCAGAUUGGGACAUCUCGCCAGGUUAGAAGCACUACAUAAAUCUAGCACUGUUGUGUUACUAUCUGGGGCAACUGUCCAGCAUGCAACAAAACCCACUGCAUGAAUUAUAAAACAAUACAAUAACUCUAACUGCAGCUCUCCAUUUUCAAAGGAAAUUAGGUUGUGUGGUAACACUUAUAGAGACAUGACAAUUAAAAGUCUUUUAUGCAAUGGAUAUUUCAAAUAGGGGUAGACCUGGUGUAGAUGCACUAGAUUGUAGUUAGAGAGGUUAGAUUUGGUAAGAUGGAAGGCUGUUUCCAUCUUUUUCCCACCUGAGCCAUUUACCAUUGCUUCCCGUUCUCGCUGACUUAAAUCACCAGUCCGUAAGGCUUUGUCAACUGUCACUUUAAUUCUCCGUCCCACUCCUGCCUCCUACCUUGCCCAACAUAAGCUGAAGGAGCAGCAGCUCACUUUCCCUCUGGGCAUGUUGGGACUUAAUAUUCAUUUUAAUUAUUUCGGUACACUUUUUACUCUCCACAGAUGUGGCUGCACCUAUCAUUUCUAGUUUGAUUUUUUUUCCAUUAGUCUCCAACAGGUACUUAAACUGAUUCUUACCUUGACAACUUGGGUCUGUACCCCAUCACUGACAUUUCCGCUGUCCUUUCCAAUCAUCCCUUGCUCUGCAACUUGGUUCCUCGCUUUUCCAAUUCCAAUGAAGGGUCCUUGUCCUGAAAUGUCAACAGGCUUUCUCGCCCGACAGAUGCUGCUUGACCUGCUGUGUAUUUCCAGCAAUGUCUGUUUUCCUCUACAUUGGCUCCCACUCUGUGAUGCACCAUUUAGAAUUUUCACUUGUGUGUUUAAAUCCUGUGGUCUUGGAGCUUCCAUCCCCUGUAGCAUUUCCCCCCCAGUAUGUCCUUUCCUUGCCUUUCCUCUCCACUAAUGCUCCUCCCUUCAGUACCUUGGCAGUAAGUGGAAACUCAUCCAAAGCUCACUACCCCUGCUCUAAGGUCUUUUCCUGGCUCACUACCAAAUCUUACCCAUUUACCUUCCUGUGCAACACCUUGGAUCUCCCACUGUGUCAGAGUGCCCUCUAUAAGGACAUUUAUUCUCUCUUGAACCAGGAUCCAGCACACCUGUGAAAAUGGGGUGGUGUUCAGCAGGUCUCUGGCAGUGUGGUUCCAGCCCAGGGUGGCAGGACUGCAGAGGUGGGGUAGAUGUGGAGAGGACACUAAAGGGCACCUGCCUGAAAUCAUUAAAGUCAAUAUUAAGUCCUGAGGGCUGCACUGUGCCCUAACAAGAUGAGGUGCUGUGCUAGGGCUUCAUUUGCAGAAACCCUAAGAGACUAGAGACAGAGAGGUCAGAUUGGGGCAGAUGUGACACUCGUACAUUAACCACAUCGACCCGCUCAUCCUCCCACUGAUCACUGCUGCUGGGGUGGAUUGGGAGCUCAGGGUCAUAGGCAGUGUAGUGUCCCAAUCCAAGAAUAAGAAGUAGGAGCAGGAGUUGGUUAUUUGGACCCUCAAAUCUAUUCUGUCAGUCAGAAAGAUCAUGGCUGAUCUGAUCUUGCCCUCUGCUCCACUCCUCUGCCUGGUCCUGAGAACCUUUUGACUCUUGUGUAGACUAAAAACCAAUAUCUCUCGGCCUUCUGCUUUGUAGGACAUGCCAUGCUGUAGCAUUUUCUGUGGACAUUUUGACCUCCAACUUUGUUUUAAAUAAUUGGUUAUUGCAGUGCAGGACUAUCUCAAUAUCUCGAUCUGGGAAACAGCACUUGUCAGCUACUAGGUUCAUCCCCUCUGCCAGAACAUCUGUUGACUAAGGGAAGGUUAUUCCAACAAGGAAUCCACGACAUGUGCACAGCAGAACAUUAGGGCAGGAUCCUAACCCUUCCAUGAAGUGAUCAAUCUUAGGCUCACUCAUCCUUGAAAGUGGAGCACUAAAGUGGGCAGUACAGCACAGAUAGCACAGAUUCAGACUAAGAUUGCCCGGUGCACACUAAGUUCCCAUGUCCAUUUCCCAGAAUCUUUGCAAGGAAUUGAGGGUCCAGCUCCCUCAUCCCCUCCCUUUACCUUCCAGUGUUGCUGAGACAGAGUGGGAAACAUUGGCCAAGGUUCCCCCUCUCUACCCAAUGCGGGUGGGUUUCUGGAGAAUGCACUUGGGAAGUAGACUGACAGAAGUCGGAAUGAAGUCAGCUGUGGCUACAAGGGCACUGGUAUAUGCUGUUUAGACUCGGAGCUGGGUCGUAAAGGAAACAGAUGCUCCCAGAAGGGAUGAGAGAAUAAUGAAGCAGAUUGCAGGUUCCUUCUGCAGCUGCAGCAAUGCUGAGGUUCAGGCAUUCAAAUCUUUCUUCUAUAAUGUUAUUAUGUUCUCCCUCCCUCCCAUUUCCUUUCUCUAAUUCCUCUGCUCAUGUUGCCCUUAUUCUGCUGUCGAAGCAGGCUUAAUCCCAGCUAUAGUGGGAUCAAGCCUGGUGUUGAGUUAGUUGGUCUUCUCAAUGCCCACUAGCUGAGGAGGGACCUGGAGCCACAACAAUCGGCCUUAUGGAAGUGGAGAAUCCACCGAGUCUCUUCUGAAGAACAGACAUCAGUGUGGGCAAUACCUGUGGAUGGAAGGAGUUGGCUCACCCUGACCCCACUUCCCCACUUUGUUGCACCCACCUGCCAGUGCCCACAGUCCAGUUUCAUACAUGUCUGUUAUCCAAAGUUUACAGCACAAGAAAAGGCCAUUCAGCCCAAUGCCACAGAAAUCUCUACUGCUCACCAUAUCAAACAUUUGCUAUGUUCCUUAAAUCCAUGUGCUUAUUUAACUUAAGUUUAUUUGUUCUCAUCCAAUCAAUGGGAUAAUGAAUUCUACAUUUUAAACUGUUCACCGAUAAAGAUGUUUUUCCUGAAUUCCUUACUGAAUUGAUUAACAAACAUCUUAAAGGUAUGGCCCCUCCUUAUUCCCCCACAAUUCUUUCUACCCUAUCGAUUCCUGGUCAAAUUUUGAAGACCACCUUACGCCCUCUAUUUACCAGUGCCCCAUCCGCUUCAGUAUUACUGAUAGUCACAACACCUGGGUUUUGGUGUCAUUUAUCAUUCCUGCAGAUCUUUUAUAUUUCCUGCACCUUCCCCUCUGCUUGUGUGUCCUUUUUGCAGUGUAGUGACCAGAGCUGACCACCACGUAACCUCUCCAACUGCAGACUGUGCCUACAGAGAGUUGGGGAGAAGCUAAACAUGGAGGACCUUCACUGCACAGAAUUGUUUGUACUGGUCCUUAAUUUCAUUGCCUCCCUUUAUUCAGCAGCCAUAUCCAAAAAUAUUACAUGAAAAAUGUUUAAUGAAAAUAUAAAUGCAUAAUUUUUGGAAACUGCUGACAGUUGAGGGCUGGAACAGGUGAUUGGUAUAACUUGGGAGUCAGAUUCACUGACCAGCGCUGGGGGAGAUGAGAAGUCUUUACAGGCAACUUGUUGCAAAUAAAACCUUUAGAAACUCAUCAGAUUAAAAACCAGAUUUCUCUCCUCUGAUCCUGUAAACUCAGUGCGCCUUUUGUUCGUAGGCAAGCUGGAAAAUGGAUAAUUGCAACUCUAAAAAUACCCAACAUCUUAUUCAUUUCCUUUUCAAUGAUGAUACCUGACAAAUACAGAAAAGCAAUAGUCCUGGGUUAUGGAAGAUGGAUGGACUUGCAUUGACAUAGUGCCUUUUCACAAUCACCCACCUAGUGUACUUUUUGAGAUGUAGCCAUUUGUUCUAAUUGUGGCAGCCAAUUGCCAUAGAGCAGGUCCUCAUGAACCGAAACCAAUGAUGUCCAGGUAAUCUAGUAAUGUCAACUGGGGAUGAUAUCUGCUGUUCAUGGAGGUAGCAUCAAGGGAUUCUUUUAUACCCUGAGAGGGCAGACAGGGCCUCGGUUUAGCAUCUCAUUCAACAGAGUGCUUGCUUGAAGGGGCAGCACUCCCUCAGUCCUGCACUGGAUUGUUGUCUGGAUUGGGAUUGAACCCACAGCCUUCUCACUUCAAGAUGAGAGUGCCAUCAACUGAGCCCAUCACAGUGAGUAGGGCUUUAUUCAUCCAGACAUCCCGUAAUGCAGCUGAUCUUUCCAAGGUGUUCAUAUUGAUAAUAAAUGCAGUACUUUUUUUUAACGUCCAUGUACAAUAAUCAUUUGAAGAUUCUAAAAUUAAUUCAAUCAGGUGAAGUUAACAUGAAGAGUUGGCAAAAUCCCAAUCACUCACUCCAUAAUGCCUGUCAAUAUUUGUUCUGAGGAAACCUUAGUAUUGCAUGAUUUUAAAAAGAUGUUUUAAAAAAUAUUCAAAGAAAGCUGCUUUUGUUUCUGUAAAUAGUGUUAUUUAUGCUAAACAGUUUAGAUUUUAUAAUUUAAAACUAAACAGAAGUUGUACCAAUGCAAGACAGGGCAAGGAGGAGGUUUAAACAGUAAAUUCAGGGUCUGUUGGGGUAAUGCGAUUGUGCAGAAAGGAGAGACUUUAAAGAGGUUUUAAUCAAGCCAGUGUGAUAACUGAACCUCCACCACCUCAGUGAGUGUUGUUGCUGCAGAUGCAAUAGUGCGUCAGACAGUUGGAGCGAGAGGAAUUGUGUGUACACUGGUCUGCCCAGUAUCGGUCAUAAGGUCAGACCAUCCUUGGAGCCCACGUAGAGAGACGUACAAGCCUCCAAGCCAGCCAUUGAUUGUGGGUCUCUACAAUACAUGAUGUUAAUGAAACCUCUGCUUUUUAUUCAAAAGUCAGAUGGCCAGUAAAUGAUGUGUGGAUGUAUAGAUAUAUCUGUGUAUGUGUGUGGUGAUCUAUAAAAGUACAUUUAAGAAAUUAAUUUUAUUUUAGCAGUAUAUUUGGUAAUAAGGAGUGCUCAGGCCUUUGGUACUGUAGAGUCAAAGGAGACUUUUUUAAACAAUGUAAGUUUGAUGGUUAUAACUUCGGUUUUCUGGAUGAUCCCUGUGACCAAAGGCUGAAGUUUACUUGAAUUUCACCAAAUCUGAAUUCUUGAUAUGGAGUUGAAAAUACUUGUGGUAUAUCUGGUUGGCUUCAGUGUCACCGCUUCUGGUGUCACAGGCCAUCCCUUUGCCAGUGGGGCUGAGACAAGAGGGUAUUAGUUUAUCAGGGAAUGCAACCAACCUUAACCCCUCCCACCCCUUCCCUACAGGACAGUGAGGUUUGGUUGCAAUGAAUGGCUCGCUGUGGUAAGACCAACCUAAUCAGCUCACAAGGUCCAUGCAUGACCCGUGAACACACUCCACCUCACCCCUUACUCCCACUAUGGACAGUAAAUCUAUAUUUGUGUAAAGCAAAAUCCUCACAACAUGUACCGUUUGAUGCAUGGUCCACAGCGCACCAUUAGAAUUCAAAGAAAAACGUUUAUUUAUAAAAUAUGUGGAUUAUAUGAUCUUGUAUAAAACUGUAAUUCAUACUUUGCUUUAAAUUAUCAGUGGCAAGUUGGAUGUUCAUUUAAUGUGUGCCCCUCUCCAUCUGCAGCUUUCUCCUUUCUCUGUCUCUCUCUCCCCACCCCAUCCCAUUCUCCUGCCUCCUCCCCGUCUCUUUUUUCCCCUCAUCACUCCUUUUCUUCUCCCCUCUCCACCACCUCCCCCUCGAUCCUGCUUUCUGUUCCCUCCCUCCCACUCUUUCCCCACCCUCUCCCGACCCAUCCACUGCUCUUUUUCUGUUUAAUUACAGUGUGUUAGGUUUAUAUUGCAACCGGUGUUCUUCUGUUACAGCCUCUUCAUCCAAGACCCCUUCACUGGGGUAAUAGGGGAAUAGGUGCUAACACUCUGUGAACCAAGUUUCCUAUUUUAAUUUUCCAGUCUCUCCCAGAAUUGAGUUGGUAUUUUUUUUUCUAAUUCUUAUUUGUGUUUCUCUGUUUCAGCGUCAGCAGCAAUCAUGCUGUGCUUAUUCUGACUUGUUCCCUAAUGUGUGUAUUUUAUUAAACUUAUUAAAAUAUUACUUGGAUAUUUCCCCCCUCCCGUGUCUUUCUUGCAAGUGCCAAGACGCAGAGGUGCUACAGAAAAAAGCAGAGCCUACGAAGGAAGCUGACAUGUCCAAAG